AUGCGCUGGUACCAAAACAGUACGUCUGGUGGAUCUUCAAAACAACCAUUGAAGAAUUUGUCUUACUCUGUGACUAGGUACCUCGAGCAAGUCGAAAAUCGCUUAGCUGAUGUCGAAGAAGAAGUCAGUCGAUUAAAGAGACUCUUACCCAGCUCGUUUCCACAUGAGAAACAACAUGUCCUCUUCCCACGUAGCAUUUCCGGUCACACCGGUGGUCUAUCAGAAGCCACUCAUCCCGAGGAGUCGUUGAAUGUUGAGGAUGGGAGCAUUACGCAGGGGAUUACCCCAGACGCAACAGACGGCGUCGGUACUAUUGAAUUCACCACAGAUGAGACUUGGGCGUAUUUCGGGCCUUCAUCCAAUAUUGCGUUCACGAGGAUUAUCCGCCGCACCCUCGACCACCUACUGCACAAGACCCAGAGAGAUGAACAGGGUGGGACUUCCUCAACACCUACAAGUCAUGCACAACAACACAUUCUGGCUGUCUCCCGAUCCCGGUCCCCGGUCACUGACUCCUUCGACAUAAGGAAACUGGAGAAGCCCUCUGAGGCAUCCCGUCUGCCACCGGAAGAAGAAGUGGUCAGCCUCGUACGCCAGUUCUUCCGUGACACGGGUCUUCUAUUCCCUUAUAUACACGAAGAAAGUUUCUGGAAAGCUUAUGCGCAUUACCGAGCAGGUGGCAUGCAAAAUGCGAAAAUCGCCUGGCGUGCAUUAUUACACAUGAUUCUUGCCAUGGCUACCAGCACCAUGAACGCUUCCGGAGUCGGCCUAGGCGACCGGCAGGCAAUGUCAGAGGUCUAUUACCGGCGAGCCAAAGCACUAUUCAUGACCGAUAUGAUGACUGGAGCCAACGUAGAAGCAGUCCAGGCUAUGCUCCUUAUGUCACAGUACCUUCAGGGAAGCCAGAGGUCGAUCCAAACAUGGGCCAUACACGGCCUUGCUGUAAAAGCUGCGCUCGAGUUGGGAUUCCAAUCCGAAUUGGCCCUUCAAAGAUUCGAUCCACUCGAACGGGAGAUCAGAAUACGCACAUGGUAUGGGUGCGUCGUUCUUGACAGAACGCUAUACGGAGUUACCGCCGCCGUCAUUGAUGAUCUCUACGAAAGCAACAUUGGGUCAAUAUCGACCAUCCCAUUGACGAACACUGUGGCUAAGACCGGUGCCUACAAUCUCUCGACGGGAGCCCCCAGUCACCUCAAGAAGUCGCCACGCUCCAACAGGCCUGGCAUCUUAGCAGAACAGUGUGCCUGCGCUCUGCGGAAGCUAUCAUCCGCUUGGUUGAAGCUUGCAAACUCGCAAACGAUGUACAGCCUGCUUUCUCCUUUCUUGGAGCAUGGUGCUUUCAAUGCCUCUUUGACUAUCGUUGCGACGAAGCUGGUUGAGGACAAAUAUGUGUCUAUGCCCUUCGACCAAGGCUACACAAGCACGGCUAUACGGCUGGAUGAAAUACUGAAAAACGCCGUCAGUUGCAUCGCACGAUUAGACAUCCAGAACCCGAUGGUGGAAAAGUGCGCAAAAUUUACAGCAACGUUGAUCUUCAUGGUACAGAGUUUACAAAUGAUUCCGGGACGUGAAGAUGCCUCCCGGGAAGUGCGGGACAUGCUACCAAGCCAUACAAUUCCUUCGGAUGAAGGUAACAAUACGCAGGCCACGCAAAUACCGUCGAAUGCAGGAACGGAUGAAGCCUUUUCAAACCUGAUGAACCAUUUCCCUCCCAACUUCAACGAUUUCCCCAACACUAGCGCAAACUUCUCAAUGUCCGAGUUGAUGGACGAUUUUGCUACAGGAGACUUGUUUUGGUAG